UGUCGCUGUUGCAGUUCUCGGUGUGUCUUUUAACCCUAGUGCAUCUUCUUUAAUUUUAAUGACUUUUUGGCAAUUAUUCGCUUUAUUUUGGCGCAUAGAAGAGGGAAAAGCGGCGAAAGUGGUGGUUUUGGAGUAGUUGCGGGAGGUCGAGUCGCCGUUGGAGGUGCGACGGCAUGAGAAACCUGACGCCGUGGCCGUGCAUGUUUUCUUAAUUUACCGUCUUUACCAUCGUCACCUAACCGUCCUACCAUCGACAUGGACGCCGCGAGGAUCAUGAACAUCGAGGGCAGCAAGGGGCAGAACGCCUUCAACGAGAACAACCAUGCGGAGGCGAAGAACAACUCGGUGGCCAACGCACCGCCCCCCACGCCCCUCAACAAGACCAAGCUGACGACCGGCACGGUCCAGGGGCCGAUGAUCAAGAAGGACAAGCGCCACUCCAGCUCCAGGUUCAACAUCACGAAGAACAGGGAAUUGGAGAUGCUGCCGUCGCUGAAAGAUGCCGCUCCGGCCGAUCGCGAAGACCUCUUCAUCCAGAAGCUGCGCCAAUGUUGCGUCCUGUUCGACUUCGCCUCCGACCCCCUUUCCGACCUGAAAUGGAAAGAAGUAAAACGCGCCGCUUUACACGAGAUGGUCGAAUAUGUAACCCAACAGAAAGGCGUCAUCACCGAAGCCAUUUAUCCCGAGGCCGUUAACAUGUUCGCCGUCAACCUCUUCCGCACACUCCCUCCCUCGUCGAACCCCAACGGCGCCGAAUUCGACCCAGAGGAAGACGAGCCUACCCUGGAAGCCGCCUGGCCGCACCUCCAGCUCGUCUACGAGCUGUUCUUGCGCGUCCUCGAAGCCCCCGACUUCCAGCCAAACAUCGCCAAGCGCUACAUCGACCAGAAAUUCGUCCUGCAACUCUUAGACCUGUUCGACUCGGAGGACCCGCGCGAACGCGACCUCCUCAAGACCACCCUCCACAGGAUCUACGGCAAGUUCUUGGGGCUGCGCGCCUUCAUCCGUAAGCAGAUCAACAACGUCUUCUACCGGUUCAUCUACGAGACGGAACACCACAACGGCAUCGCGGAACUCCUCGAGAUCCUCGGGUCCAUCAUCAACGGCUUCGCUCUGCCGCUGAAGGAGGAGCACAAGGUGUUCCUGCUGAGGGUCCUCAUGCCCCUACACAAAGUCAAAUCGCUGUCCGUGUACCACCCCCAGCUGGCCUACUGCGUGGUACAGUUCCUGGAGAAGGACCCGUCGUUGACGCAGCCGGUGAUCAGGAGCCUGCUGAAGUACUGGCCGAAGACGCAUAGUCCCAAAGAGGUGAUGUUCUUGAACGAAUUGGAAGAGAUCCUGGACGUGAUCGAACCGGGAGAGUUCCAGAAGGUGAUGUGCCCUCUGUUCAAGCAGUUGGCGAAGUGCGUGAGCUCGCCCCAUUUCCAAGUGGCCGAGAGGGCGCUCUACUACUGGAAUAACGAGUAUGUGAUGUCGCUAGUGUCCGAGAACGCGACGGAGAUACUGCCGUUGAUGUUCCCGAGUUUAUAUAAGAACUCGAAGAGUCACUGGAAUAAGACGAUACACGGCCUCAUUUACAAUGCGCUUAAGUUGUUUAUGGAGAUGAAUCAGAAGUUGUUCGAUGAGUGCACGCAGUUGUAUAGGGAAGAGAGAAGAAAAGAGCGCGAACGCGAGAACCAGCGCAUGGAGUUAUGGAUCCGCGUCGAAUCUCUGGCAGCUAAGAAACCCGAAUAUGAAAUAAUCAAAUCGAAAAAUCCGGAAAUCACGAGCGUCAUCACGAGCCCCGAUCCGGACGACGAAGUCAACUUGGACAACUUGGAGCAGCAAGCCACGGAGGCAAAGAAGACUCGCAAUUCAAACAAGCCAUUAGUUCGCCGCAAAUCGGAACUUCCUCAAGAUCAAUAUACAGUGAAGGCCCUCAACGACCACAAGCGAGCAGACGAGUAUCUGACGACGCCACCAGAUGUCAACAAGUGCUAGUCCACUUACUACUACACGUUUUAUCUAGUGAGCUUAGUGCCAACGCAGACCUAAAAAAUCACACUACGUGUCGUGCGAUCUGACAAGUAUUGAGUUAUGCUGUGUCUGGACGUGAUUUUUUGGGUCGUUUUUUACGACGUGAACGGUCUUUUGUGUUGGUUUCGAGAGAAAAGUCAAAAAUAUUUUUAGAUACUGUAGCUGAUAGACGACUUUCGAGUACAAUUCUUUCGCGCUAGGACUUAUUUGUAUGCAAAUAGAUAACUAUUGUAGAAACAGUUAUAUCAAAUGACUGCAUGAAGAGAUUUAUGUGUUGUUAGCCGUUACUAAAUUAGCAUGUGGCCUUUUAUAAAAUAAUACUAAGAUAUUUGCGGUACCGAGUUCUUUUACGAGACGCUAGGUUUUAUUUUACUCCACUUUUCUCUCUCACGGUUUUUUAUUUAUAUUUUUUAUUUCAACAAACGGGGAUAUGAGUUAAGAGUGUAAAGACAUUAUUUAUACAUUUAGAAAUUUAAUGUGUGGCACUUGCUUUGAAUGUGUUAUUAAAAAAUCGAAUGAGCUAUUGUUAGUUACAUUUACAAAAGAAAGUGUAAGUCUAGUGUUGUAACUCAAAAUACAUUCAAUAAUUAGUUGUAAGGAUAUAUUUUUUAUGUUUCAAGAUGGAAGGAAAGUGUACAUAUGGAGAUGGAGUUGAUAUUAGACAGUAUUUUUUUAAUGUACAGCUUUGCUUUGUCAAUGAUAAUUGAUAUAAAUAAUUACGUUUCUUUAA